AUGGCAGACAAAAAGCCCACACAAACACAAACAAACCCGCGGGGUAUCCCCUUCGCCCCCUUCGUCGACAAUGUCGCCGACUACGUCUCCUCGCGCGCCGAAGUCGAAUCAACCAUGCGCUCCUUCCAAGAAAUGAUCUCCAAGUACCAAUUCAUGGAAGUCAACACGCAGCGGCGCGCCGCGGGGCUACGUGAGAAGAUCCCCGAUAUCAAGAAAACGCUAGAGAUGGUGCGCUUCCUCAAGACCCGACGCGAUAAUGGCGGCGCGCCGCUCGAGACGAACUUUGAGUUAAACGAUACCCUGUAUGCGCGGGCGACUGUGGAUACGGCUGAUACUGAGGAGGUGUACCUCUGGCUCGGGGCGAAUGUCAUGCUGGCUUAUCCCAUUGGCGAGGCGCAGACGAUGUUGGAGGAGAAGUUGAGUGCGGCGCAGUUGAGUUCGGCAAAUUGUGAUGAGGAUUUGGAGUUUUUGAGGGAGCAGAUUACGACGCUGGAGGUUGCUACGGCCCGUGUGUAUAACUGGGAUGUGGUGGAGAGACGAAAAGAAAAGGCUGCUGGGAAGGAAGAGGAAAAAUAA